AGUGUUGAUGAACCUCAACCAUGGCUAUGGAGAUGGAGUCUUCGGUUUCAUCUUCUGAGGAAACCAAAAGUUGGGGCCAAAGGGUAUCUGAAAAUGUUCUUUCUUUCUACACUUCUCUUCCCAAGAAAGGAAAACCUCAAGCCCGUGAAGUCACCGUUUUGGCUGCUUUUCUUCUCUCUUCUCCUUCCAAUGAUUUGAAGGUUGUUGCAAUGGGAACUGGAACAAAGUGUAUUGGACGUUCUCUCUUGCGCCCUUUCGGUGAUGUUGUUCAUGAUUCCCAUGCUGAAGUCAUAGCUCGAAGAGCUUUGAUGAGGUUCUUCUAUACACAGAUUCAACAUCUUACUGAAACUAGUACUGAGCAUGGACCUAGUAAUGGAGGCAAACGUUUUAAAGUUGAUGAUGGAAACUUGCCAUUUGAGUUGGACGCAGGGUAUCAUGAUAAAGGAAAAUAUACACUGAGAAGGGGUUGGAAAUUGCACAUGUACAUAUCACAGUUACCAUGUGGAGAUGCUUCACUGAGCUCAUAUGUCUAUCCUUUGGAAACUUUGCCUUUAGGAGAAAGUGAUUCGACUUUACCUUUUGAUAAUGGUUUAAAACAAAAGGGUAUGGUCCAGAGGAAGCCGGGUCGUGGUGAUACAACAUUGUCAGUUAGUUGCUCUGAUAAGAUAGCUCGUUGGAAUGUUCUUGGUGUUCAAGGAGCUUUGCUUUCCUAUUUUCUUCAACCUGUAUAUCUUUCUUCAAUUACCGUUGGUCUGCCCCUUAACAGUCCUGGUAAUUUUCAUUUGGAGGAUAACAUGAAAAGAGCUUUGUAUGAACGUAUUCUGCCGUUGUCGAGUGAACUUACAUCUCCAUUUCUCGUGAACGAGCCGCUAUUUCAUACUGCUCCAGUACCACCGAAGGACUUUCAGCAAUCUGAGAGUGCUGCUAACACUUUAACAUGCGGAUAUUCUAUAUGUUGGAAUGAAUGUGGCUUGCAUGAAGUCAUCCUAGGAACUACUGGAAGAAAGCAAGGCACCUCCGCAAAAGGGGCACUUUAUCCAUCAACAGAAUCAUCUUUAUGCAAAAAGAGAUUGUUAAAGGUUUUCUUGUCACUGAGGCAGGAGUGCUUGACUAGUUCUUUGGCGGACGGGAGUACUUAUCGAAAACUUAAGGAUGGGGCUGAAGAAUAUCAUUUGGCUUCCAAAAUUUUUAAAGGAAAGCUACCUUUUAGCAAUUGGUUCUUGAAACCCUCCAACUGUGAGGCAUUCACCAUUUCGGAAUAAUUCAUUUAAUUAUCUGUCUAAAGCCAAUCUUUGGUGGUGCCAAUUGAAUUGCGUGCAAGUGCUCUUAACAUUUUAAAAGGAUUUGCCACUAUGUUGCUUGUAUACAAAAUUUUAUGUACCUUGUAAUAUAUAUUCACAAACAUGCACAUUAGUUCAUGAGUCAAUUAUGGUUGAAUCACUGUAGUACAGUAGAAGAGUGUUUUUAUUAAUUUAAUCAUGUGAUUUAGUUUUGAAAACAUUAACAGUUAGUUUGAAAUUGAGAUACCAAUAGCAUCUAAUGUUAUUAAUG